UUCACUUCUCUGUCCUCUCUCUCACAUAUAGUUUGUUCUCUCAAAGCUUUUCCUCGGAGAACUUUCGAGGAGUAAAGAAAAUAACGAAAGAAAGAAGAUGAUGCUAGGGAAGAGACCCAGGCCGAGGCCACCAAUGAAGAGAACAACAAGCUUGUCAGAUAUCACUUCUGAUCUAAACACAACCGGGGCUGAAGCUCCGCCGUCUGAUCCACGUAAUAACCCUUUUAAAAACCACCCGAAACAGGAUGCUGCCCUUCCUGGUGGCGUUUGGGGUCCACAGAUACGGGCUAAUGGUGGUGGUGGCAGUGAUGGUGGAGGGUUAGAUCAAGAGUUGAUGGCGACGGUGUCACCUAGAGUUCAUAGAAGACAUUCAGCUGAUUUCAUGGAAACCUCUCAUUUCUUAAGGUCCUGCGGCCUUUGCAGACGUCGCCUUGUUCCCGGGCGUGAUAUUUACAUGUAUAGGGGUGAUAGUGCAUUUUGUAGCCUAGAGUGCAGGCAACAGCAGAUGAACCAAGACGAGACGAUAGAGAAAUGUUCGGUAGCAUCGAAAAAACAAGCCGUCGCUUCAUCUGCUGCAAGAUCCAGUGUCUCCGCCAAGGAUGAGACGGUUGCCGCCGUUUAGCUAUAUUAAUCACUGUGGCUCACUUUCCAUGCUACUAGAAGGAAUCCAUCCAUAUAUAUAUAUAUAUAUGUAUGUAUGUAUGUAUGUAUGUAUAUAUGUAUGUAUGUAUACUCUCCGCCAAGGAUGAGACGGUUGCCGCCGUUUAGCUAUAUUAAUCACUGUGGCUCACUUUCCAUGCUACUAGAAGGAAUCCAUACGUAUGUAUGUGUGUGCGCGUGCGCGUGUGGAACAAGUUUUAGCUUUGUAAUGCUAAUGGGACAAGUUUUGGACAUACUAUUUUAUAUGGAUAAAAAAAAUUAUACACAAAAAAUUUAAAUCUCUACUUCAGUUUUCCCUAUAAUAUCCCCUUAUCUUUUGCUAGUAAAGAUUUGCAGAUUCA